GAUACUAUCGUUGAAAAAACGGAUUCCGGCAUUUAUUCAGUUAGAGGCGCAACUUUGUUAAUUAAACGACUUAGAUAUCUUCUAUAUAAACGGCGUUGUUAAUUUAUCAACUUUGAUUUGUGGGGUCUAAUGGAGAAAGUGGUGGCAGUUGUCAGCGAUAAUGCUAGCAGUUGCUCUGUUCCAGAACCUACAAGAAUCUACCAUUUUUCAAAUUUUAUUCGAUAUUAUAAAGGAAAAAUCCGUUAUCGUAGUAAAAACUUUAACAUCCUUGCAGUUCUGGAACAGACCAAGUAUGUUGAAAGCGUGCGAAUUGCUUCAAAAACGAAAUCUGCCAUGCUUUGCACACACUAUUAACCUUGUGCUGCAAGAUUGCUUAGCGCAAGAUUAUGUUAAAACUACUUUAGGGAAAUGUAAGAACAUUGUGAGCUAUUUUAAGAGCAGAACAAUUUCCUACGAAAAGUUUAAAGCGGACCAAGGAAGAGAUAUGCCCCACAGCCUAAAACAGGAGGUACCGACCCGCUGGAACAUUGCUCUCAGAAUGGUGGAGAGCACUACAAAUAAUUCUAUUUCAAAUGUACUGCUAAUGACACCAAAGGCACCGCUACCUUUAACGGCAGGCGAUAUAGAAUUUUUGCAGGACCUUAAACAAUUGCUUAUGCCAUUUGAUGCCGCUACAGUCCAAACAUCGUCAAGUGCAGCUGUUACUAUUUCCCUAGUAGUUCCUCUAACAUGUGGUAUUUUUAAAUCUCUUGAUGAGUUAAAAAGUACUAUGAAAACUUCAGAAGGCCAUCAAGCUUGUAUAUUUCUGCUUGAAAGAAUAAAGAAAAGACUAUUUCCUUACGAGGAGCGUACAGUUACAAGACUCGGAACAGUAUUAGACCCUCGGUUCAAGAAGGAAGGUUUUCUUUUCCCAAGCAAUGCAGAUGGAGGAACACAAUUUUUACAAAACGUGUUGAGUGGUAUGAACAAAAACAACACCAUGGAACAAGAUAAUUUAGAACCAUCAUGUUCUAAAAAUAUUCAUCAAAGUUCGCAGCCACCGCUUUUAAAAUUCGUAGGAAAUAAAAUUGCCUCUAAAGUAAGAUCACAUCAAGUAGGCGCCAUCAUUUCUCUUAGGCAAUAUUUUGAAAAUGCAGCAUUAGAAAUAGAUCCAUUACAGUACUGGAAGAAUUGUUCUGGCCAAAUGUCACUCACAAAGUCAUGUGCCUUACGCUAUUUAUGCGUACCAGCAACUUCGACAGAGGCUGAGCGAAUGUUUAGCAAAACCGGAGCCAUAAUUUCGGAAAGAAGAUCGAGCUUAAAGCCAAAAAAUAUUGAUAUGCUGCUCUUUGUUAACAAAAAUUGUUGGGUCAGUAAAGAAUUAUAAGAA